GGCGACGCUCUUUCCGGCCGCGCCGCUCGUCGAUGGUCGAGGAGGAAUGAUGAGGAAGGCUCCGGUCCUGCUGUUCCUGACCUGGGCCUGUUUCCUCUUCUACGCGGGCAUCGGCCUCUUCACCAGCGGCUUCCUGCUCACCCGCGUCGAGCUGACCAACCGGAGCCGCUGCCGGGAGCGGCCGGGGCCCGGGCCCCGGGGCGGGGGCGCGGGGGUGCCCGGGGCCUGCUGGACGGCCCCUCGCUUCGCCAGGGUCCUGCUGGUGGUGAUCGACGCCCUGCGCUUCGACUUCGCCCAGAGCCGGCCCGGCCUGCGGGACCCCCGGCCCUUCCAGAACCGGCUGGGCUCCCUGCGGCAGCUGCUGACCGGUCAGCCCCGCCACAGCCGGCUCUACCGCUUCCGGGCCGACCCCCCGACCACCACCAUGCAGCGCAUCAAGGCCCUCACCACGGGCUCGCUGCCCACCUUCGUCGACGCCGGCAGCAACUUUGCCAGCUACGCCAUCCGGGAGGACAACCUCAUCGGGCAGCUGGUGCAGAACGGGAAGCGUGUGGUGUUCCUGGGGGACGACACCUGGGAAGGGCUGUUCCCCCGGGCUUUCGCCCAGGCCUUCUUCUUCCCCUCCUUCAACGUGAAAGACCUCCACACGGUGGACGACGGCAUCUUGCGGCACCUGUACCCCAUCGUGAACGGAAGCGACUGGGACGUGUUGAUCGCGCACUUCCUGGGCGUGGAUCACUGCGGCCAUAAACACGGGCCCGACCACCCUGAGAUGGCCAAGAAACUCACCCAGAUGGACCACGUGCUCCGGACCCUGGCGCGGUCCCUGGCCGACGACACGCUGCUGGUGGUGGCCGGAGACCACGGCAUGACGGAGACCGGGGACCACGGCGGGGACAGCGAAGGGGAGGUCUCUGCCGCGCUCUUCCUCUACAGCAAGACCCCCCUCUUCCCUACGGACCCUCCGCGGGAGCCGGAAGCGGUGGCCCAGGUGAACCUGGUGCCGACGCUGGCGCUGCUGCUGGGCCUGCCCAUCCCGUUCGGGAACGUCGGCGAGGUGAUGGCGGAGCUCUUCUCCGGCCCGCCGGCCGGGACCGCCGGCCCCCGCUCGGCCGCCCUGGCCCAGGCCUCCGCCUACCACCUCAAUGCCCAGCAGGUGUCCCGCUUCCUGCGCACCUACUCCCUGGCCGCCCCGGACCUGCCGCCCAAGGAGUUGCGGCGCCUGCAGGACCUCUUCGACGUCGCCUCCUCCGACUACCGGCGGCUCCUGGAGCGGCUGGACGAGGAGCCGUCGGGGUCCCCCGAGCUGGAGGCCGAGCUGCUGGAGGUGUGCCGGCGUCUGCGGCUCUUCCUGCGGGGCGCGAGGGCGGCCUGCCUGGAGUCGUGGGCCCGGUUCCGCCCGGCGCGGAUGGCGGCGGGGGCCGCGCUCCUGGCGGCCGCCUGCCUGCUCUGCCCCCUGGCCUCGGCCCUGGCCGCCUCCCCGACGUUCUCCUUCCGGGCCCUGCUGCUCCGGCCCCUGGGCUGGGGCCUGGCCGGGGCGGGGCUGCUGGGGGCGGGGCUCCUGGCCGCGGGCCAGGGGCCGGAGCCGGUCCUGCUGGGGGCCGGGGCCGCGGCCGGCUCCCUGCUGGGCUUCUGGCGGGCGGCCCGGGGCCGGCCGUGGGGCGCCGAGUCCCUCCGCCCGGGCUCCUGGCCCGCCCUGCCGCUGCUGGCCCUCAGGGCGAGCGCCCUCUUCUCGGACAGCUACGUGGUGGCGGAGCGGCGCGUGGCCCCCUUCCUGCUGCGCUCGCUGGCCCUGGUCCUCGUGGCCCGGCUGCACUGGGGGGGCCGCCCGGGCCCCUCCGAGGCCCCGCGGGCCCUGGGACCGCUAGCCUGCCUGCUGGCCUGCGCGCGCCUCUCGGACCUCUUCCACAGAUGCCCGGAGGAGAGCCCCCUGUGCCGUUCCUCCCCUUGGCUGCAGCCCCUGGGCGGCGUGGGCAGCCCCCGGGCCCAGAACCUGUGGUACGGGGCCUGCGUGGGGGCCCUGGGGGCCCUGGCCUACGCGGCCCGCCGCUGGCUGAGCCGCUGCGGCCGGCCCGACGCCGCGGCCCCGCCGGUGCUCUUCGUGCGCUGGGGGCUGCCCCUGCUGGCCCUGGGCACGGCGGCCCACUGGGCCGUGGCUUCGGGGGCGGACGAACGCCCCCGCCGGCUGCGGGCCCUGGUGCGGGGGGUCCUGGCGGGGCUCCCGCGGGCCCUGUUCGGCCUGGCGGGCCUGGGGCUGGGGCUGCUGCUCUGGCGCCCGGUGGCGGUCUCCGCCCGGGGCGGGCCGGCGGCCCCGCCGGGCCCCGGCCUCGCCCCCUCCUCCGGGUCGCCCGGCCGCCCGGCCGCCCGGGGCCGCCUGGUCCCCCAGAUCUACCGGCGCCUGCGGGAGGCCCUGCGCGGGGGCCGGGGGCGGGGACCGGGACCCCCGGCCGCCCGCCGCCCCGGCGGCGUGUACUCGGCCGCCCUGGUGAUGACGCUGGCCCUGCUGGGCUUCCCGCUGCUGCUGCUGCACGCCGAGCGGCUCAGCCUGGCUUUCCUGCUGCUCUUCCUUCAGAGCUUCCUGCUCCUGCAGCUCCUCGCCACCACGGGCCCCCUGCACCUCCCGGGCUUCUUCUCCGUGCCCUGGACGGCUGUCUCUGCCUGGGCGCUCUCGGCCUCCCAGUUCUUCUACGCCACGGGUCACCAGCUCUUCACCGCCAUCCACUGGAACGCGGCCUUCGUGGGCUUCCCCGACGGCCACGGGGCCGCUCUUGCCGGCCUGCUGGUGGGAGCCAACACCUUCGCCUCUCACUUCCUCUUCGCAGUCGGCUGUCCGCUGCUCCUCUUCUGGCCGUCCGUCGCGAGGGCCGGACGCCUCGAGGAGGGAAAGCCCCCGUCCCCGCCCGCCCGAGGACCGCGGGAGGAAGCCGGGGAGGCGGCGGAGGAGACGGAGCCGCCGACGGAGAUGCGGCUUCGGGACGCCCCCGACCGGUUCUCCGCCGCUCUCCUGCAGCUCGGUCUCAAGUACCUGUUUGUCCUGGGGCUGCAGGUCCUGGCCUGCGUCCUGGCGGCCGCUGUUCUCCGGAGGCACCUGAUGGUCUGGAAGGUCUUUGCUCCCAAGUUCCUGUUUGAGGCCGCGGGCUUUGUGGUGAGCAGCGUCGGGCUCCUCCUGGGCCUGGGGCUCGUCAUGCGGGUGGACUGCGCCGUCAGCUUCCCUAGGUGAAGCAGCUCAUCCUGGCCCGGGCCAGGUAGCGCCGGGGGGCCGGGCCCGGACUCUCCCGAGGGGCCCGUGGCCCACCCGCCCUCCAGGGAGCCCCGACCGCUGGGCCCCCGGCCUCCCCGUCUCCCGAGAUGCCUCAACGGGCCGGACCGACGGGGCUCGCGUCUGCCGGAGCGGGAAGGGAGGCGCGCCCCCCCCCUCCCCCCCAAAGCCCCGUGUCGGCUCUCUAGGGGCUGGGUCUCGCAGCGGAACCGUCUGCUGGCCGCGGGACGGUGGAUCUUCAGAUUACGGGGCAGGGGGUUCGGGCGGGCCCGGCCUCUUGGGGCCCCGCUUUCCUGCAGAGGGGCCGCGGGGCGGAGGUGAGGGUGGGAGACUGGGGUACCGGAGAGGCAGUCUGAGAGCCGUCCUCGCUGGGGCGGCGGUGGGGCGGCGGGGGAGUACGGUGCCCGAGUAGAGUGAGAGCUGCAGGGCCGGUUCUUGGCGUGGCGGGUUUGGGAAGCCAAAGGAUUGACCUCUUGGUGGGGGGGGACAGAGAAAGCAAUAAAAUCUUCGAAGACGGA